UUUUUAUGUUUAGCGAUUGUUGAGUUUCAAUUUGGAUGUGGAUGUGGAUGUUGAGCAGCCAGAAUGAGAAUGGGGAACCUCUUAUGGCUUUGCAUUGUUGCAACACUUGUUUUCAGCUUCUGGGUUGAUUCCUUUUCUGCAUAUGAAUAUCACCACUUCAAUGAAACCGAGUUCUCUUUAUUGGAGUCUCAAGAACAGGUACAUUCAUCCCUCCUUGGGAGAACAUCUGUCAUGGUUGGACUCACAGUUAUUCAAAGUGCUGCUGGCAAAGGAGCAGUUUGCUUGGAUGGAACAUUGCUUGCUUAUCAUUUGCAUCGGGGAUAUGGAUCAGGAGCAAACAGCUGGAUCGUUAAUUUAGAGGGAGGUGGGUGGUGUAAUGACGUUAGAUCAUGUGUUUAUCGCAAGAAAACACAGCGUGGGUCAUCAACAUUCAUGGAAAAACAAAUACCUUUUACUGGAAUAUUAAGCAAUAAUGUUGAAGAUAAUCCAGAUUUUUUCAACUGGAACAGAGUGAAAAUUCGUUAUUGUGAUGGUGCCUCUUUUGCUGGGGAUGCUGAAGAUAAGGUAGAUUUUGAUGUGUUGGAGUUAUUGAAAAUUGAAACGGUGUUUAAUUCUGUGGAGGCUGACAAGAAGAUGAAAUAAAAAAAACUAAAAGAAAAAUAGUUAGCUUACAAUAUUAAUGUAGUAUCUGCAAUAGCAUUCGUUGCAGUAUAUAGAUUUGAUUUGAUAAUAGGAGAAUAUACAAAUACCUCUGCUUAACUCUUAUUUUUUUAUCUUGCUUAUUUUGUUUUUGAAACUUUGAAUUGUAACAUGUCUUAAUGAACUUUGCCGACUUCCAACUUUCUUCAUUCAGUUUUGAUAAUAGUAACAUGUUUUUUGUAAUGUUAGCUGUAGAUACAUCUAUUUUUUGGUUACCAGUUAGGUGUACACAAUCACAAUUUUAACAUAUAAAAAACUGAGGCAUGAUGUUGAUGACACUUCAGGCACUUAAUUUUACAUUGGAACUAAGCUUACACUUCACACCACUGUGCAUACCAACACAACACCACGCAUUGUCCGACAUUGAAUCAUUACCACAAAAUAACCCAUGCAAUUAAGGCACCACUGCACCAGUCACCUCCCUAUUUUUUUUAUAUCCGUGUUGGACUUAUUCUAAAGAUGUCCCAUUGGACUUAGAGGUGAAACAAAGAUGUAUAUUUGUUGAUAAUAGUUGUUAUUUUUAUAAUAAGAAUGAAAUAAACUUUUUGUUAUGAUAAAGAUGUCCCAUUGAACUUAGAGGUGAAACAAAGAUGUAUAUGUGUUGAUAAUAGCUGCUAUUUUUAUAAUAAGAAUGAAAUAAACUUUUUGUUAUGAUAAAGAUUUCAUUUGUUAAUUAACUUACUGCAUCUUAUAUUGGGGGAUUUUGUGAAAGUUAAUGAUAGUAAAGCUCACCAUCAUUUUGUUCUCAUCGUGUGGCUAGAAAAUAGAAAUAAAACGAACUUGCAAACUAUUAGCACCAC